GCAGGUCCCAAGGCCGCAGCUUCCGCCGGCGCCGGUGGUUGGGUCGUCGCUGCCCUUGGUCGUGGGGUCGUUUUUGGCACCAAGGCCGCAGCACUCAGGAUGAAUGUAAUUCAGAUUGUUCGUGAUCACUGGGUACAUAUACUUGUGCCCAUGGGGUUUGUCCUUGGAUGUUAUCUAGACAGAAAGAAUGAUGAAAAGCUGGCUGCCUUCCGGAACAAGAGUUUGUUGUUUAAAAGGGAAUUGAGACCCAAUGAAGAAGUCACCUGGAAGUAAAGGCCCCCGUGACUGAAUUACAGAAUGUUCACAUUUUAAAAAUUAGAAGAGAAAUAAAAACACAUUCAUUAUUUAA